GGGUCUGCAUGGAGAUAGGGGAUAAGAAGUCUUGUAACGGAGUACCCCUUUAACCUUAGGGUAGGGUAACAUCUGCCAUAUUUUGCUGUGUAUUUCAUACAGCUGAUUUUGCUAUCCAUUGACUUAAAUUGGUAGAAAAAUAUGCAGCAGCAAAAUGUGGUAGCCCUUGGGGGGUGUAUGGUAGUGGUGGUAUGGUAUCGGUAUAUGAGGGGUUAAUGUUAACCCUAUAGUUCGUGACGCCAGGCUGAGGGCUGGUAUGCUGAGGUAAUGCUCCGGCCUAUCGCCGCCGUUCCCAGUAACGAUAGGUGCAUGAAAUGACUGAAGGUCCACAAGGAGAUUGAACUUGAACUUGAACAACUUUACUUAAGUGCCUGCGAUACAUCCAAGGCACAGUAACAGUCUCAUACAAACAGUCCUCAUAUCGCUCAGUGACUGACAGUUGUUGCAGACCUCUUUAGAAAGUCUCUGAAUUUAGGGUUAAUAUUUGCAGAUCCGUCCGGAUUUAGGGGUUAUAUUAGGUCCAGUGAUGCUGCAGAGUGUCUGGGGAUUGAUACACUCUCUAUUCGGAAUUACUCACGGGUCUAACUCACUGCGAUAGUUCCUGCGCAGAUCCUUCUCGUUUGACAGCCCAGGAACAAGAGAGCGAAAACAUGGCCGCCGCUCCCUAAUAUGGGCAGGGGGCGGGGUGAAUCCAAUUGGUCCGAACAUCUGUCAUUCACCAUUACACAGAGUAAUGGGAUUGCAUACGUCACCGGGCCUCCAAAGGUCCUUAAGCAGAAUACCAUAGAGUUUACCUAGUCAUGUGACCCGCAGGUCCUGCAACACUAUGGAACUGGUAAUCAACCAUUUAUUUACCUAUAUUACUAUAUUUACAUCACCCUUAUAUAAAUUACUAGGCUAUUAGUUGGAAUAGAGGCGACAAGGGCUACACAACAGGGAUUCCUAAGUCCUAGGGAUUCUGGCUAUGGGGACCCACACAUACAUAGGUACCGUAUAAAAUGUGGUACCGGGACACCACAAAAAUAUGCCACAUAUGACCCCACCCUUAAACUUCUGAAGUGUAAAAAUGUGCAAAAUUUCUCCCACUGGCUUAUGCUAUAUGUUAAAGCGCAACUGUCACGGAUUUGUACCCCCAUAAAUUAAAUCACAGGGUAACAAAGUUCUUUAGAAUUACUCUCUAGGUAUACCUUUUACUGCUUUCUAGCAGUUUUUAUGAGGCUAAAAAAUGCUUUAUAAGACAGACAGCAACAGUUGGAUAGGCGUGGCUAUGGCCCACAGCCGCCACCCCUAUCUCCUGUAUGUCAUCGCUAGGACCGCUGUGUGAUUGGUCCCAGCACAUAGGCCCCUUCAUUAUCUUUAUCUCUAGCGGCAAACAUACAAAUGUAUAAGUAAAACAAGUGCCCGUUCUUCUAUCAGUUUACAGUGCCCGUUCUCCUAUUAGGUUACAGUGCCGUCACAGUGGGUUAGUUUGCAUAGCAAGCGCCAGAGGCCGGGAGGGAGCGCUUGCUAUCAAAACUAGCCGCCCGCAGCUCUGGUGAUGUGCAGCCACACCUGCUUCCUACAACACCACAACCACUGGUCGAGGUGGAAUACUGAAACAGGAAAAAAAUCCCUUUAAAGAACAAUAUCUGUAGAAAUGUUAGACGGUGAGGCCAGAACAGCAGAUGAAAGAAAUCAUCAUGGUGGCUCAACUGUAUCCGAGUCUGAAUGCUGGAGUAAAGUGGAUUCAUCAGAGCGGGGUCUGGAGCCCACCAGUGAUGAUGGUUCCUCGAAGUACUUUCUGCAAACAGGCAAUUUAUGCUUUGAAGAGCAGAUACUUGAUAAUGUUUUUGAAGUGUGUGAUACAGAGAAAAGAGGAAUGGUGCCAGCUUUCCAGAUCAUUGAAUACUUGAAGAGUGUGACAGACCCCAGUCGUGAUGGAAAACGGCUUCGGUGCCUGAGUCACAUUUUGGACCCACAUAGUCAGAGUAUCCUAGUUGAUCGAAUGACAUUUCAUAAGGCCAUGUCCAAGUGGAUUGAAAGCUGUUGGAUAGAAAGGGAUGUAAGCAAUGCAACUGAAGAUGAUAUAACAAAAGAUUAUAUUGACAUUCAGAGCAUGGAUGAAUAUGGAGGCUAUUUCAACAGAUAUGUGGGAGAGCCUACAGAUAUAACCAUUAAAAUUGCUGAACUGAACUCUACUAACAAAAAGUUGAGCGACCAGAAAGCAAGACUACAAAGAAGUCUUGAUAUAGCAGAGGAAACCAACACUCUUCUGACUGAAGAGAUAUCUGACCUAAAAAGCAAGUUAAAAAAUUCCCAGCAGGCCAUGCAGCAUGCCACAUCUACUUUCAAUGAACUUGAAGAUACGAAAAUACUUGUCAAAAACCUAGAAGACGCAAUCAGUGUUGUGACUGCUGAAAAAAAGCAACUGGAAAAGGAUGAACUUUUGCUAAGUAGCCAGAGGCAGCGUUUGCAGGAGGAGAAUGAUAAGCUGACCUCAGAGAAGGACAAGCUGAAAGAGAAGCUGGAUGGUCUUAGAGCAGAAAACUCACGGUUACUGCACCAGCUGUAUGAAUAUGAAAACCUUCUGGUGCAGAAAGAAGAACUACUGACACAGAAAACUGUCCAAUCAGAAGAACUAAUGGGACUGGUGGAAGAGCAAAAAACCUUGUUACUGGAGCUGAAAAAUGAAAAGAAUAAUUUACAAGAAGAACUUUUACAGACCCAUGACGACAGAGCCAUACAUUCAAGUCAUUCCAACACGCAAUCCCUCUCUAAUGAAAUAGAAGAGAUUCAGGAGUUUUUGUAUUGUUUUCAGUCUAACAAAAAUCCAAAAGUAGAGUUACAUGAUCCCUUUUGCUACCGAUCUGAAAGUUCUGAUGGUGUGGAGAAGAUUGAGGGGGAUAUCUGGACUGGCACAGAAACAGAGUCUAACAAAAAUCCAAAAAUAGAGUUACAUGAUCCCUUUUACUACCUAUCUGAACAUUCUGCUGGGAUGGAGAAGAUUGAGGGGGAUAUCUGGACUGAUACAGAAACAGAGCUGGAAGAGAAAAGCAUUUUCCUGCUUACCGGCCUCAGCUGUCUGAACCAUCUUAAGUGUGCGUGGGAACUGUACGCAAGCAAGCUAAGUAGAGGAAAGCAAAUUAACAAGAUGUCCCUCUCACAGAGGAGAAGGUCUACAGAGUAUUCAUUGUUACCAGUGACUAAUCAACUUGCUGUGUACAACAGACAGCAGCAGCGAGUACAGCACGCCAUAUCUGCUAGAGCCUGCAUGACCUGGUUAUUUAUAGAGGGACGCUGCUUGUUGGCUCCAUUUUUGACAAAGCUGAGAUCUUUUCCUUCCACUCGAAGACUUCUCCUGCUGAUUCUUCUCUACACCUUGGGCUUCUCUAUGUGGCCUGGAAACAACAUCUUGACAGUUGUAGGAGAGAUCCUAUGGCCUCACCUCAGACUGCAACAUCUUAAUCUUCCACCAAUUUAGAGGCCUGCUCUGGAUUUUAGUAAGAGGGAUAACCAACACUUUAAUAUGCUAUUCACUGCAGUUAUUAGAUAUUUUAGACGAAGAAGAUCUACAAAAGUUGAAUAUAAGAAAGUUUACAUAUGUUCAUGUAGCUUUUCAAAAGUGUCUGAUGUUUAAUCCAUUAAGUAUUACCACUUGUUGGAUUAAAACCUUUCUAAGAUGUAACACAUUGUAGAGCAAAGGAAUGACGCUCUCCUAACUCUCCACUAAUGGCAAAUGUUAGGGGAGCAAAAAGGUCUUGGAUUUUAACUUUUGUUCUUGGUGAGAAACUACAACUAGGAGUCUGGCAGCAGCUUUCGUUAGCUUUCUGUUAAGAACACAUGCACACUCAGCCGAGUAUGCAUGUACAUCUGGGGUGGAGUCUGUUGAAUGUAGAAUUAAUGGCCUGGUUAAAGCAGCGAUUAAAUUGAUUGACAUGGGCCACUGCAACACUUUUAUUGUGCACUAAUUUUAAUAAAUUUCCUCUAUUGUAUAAUUUCAUCUACCAAUUAGUAAAGGAUAUAAUUGGCAUAAAGAACAGUUGUUAUACACAGUACAGGUUUUUUUUUUUUUUUUUUCUUUUUUGUGUUACCAAAAGCAAAAUGUAGGAGGCCAACGGCAUACCCUGCAUCCUGUGGUGGUAGCACCCAUAUCCUUUGGGGAAUGUAACCAAAGUACAUUGAACAAAUCCUGGUUCAAGGACCGCAUAUUUUUUUUUCAAUGCAAGCAUAUUACAAAGAGUUGAAUCCACAAAACUUAUAUAAAAAGUGUUACUGUAGUUAGAAAAGAAACAAAAAUAAAUUUUUGUACAUCAAUACUGCAUAAAAAAAAAAAUUACUACAUAUACUUUGUUGAAAAAAAUGUGUUUCCGAAAGAUGUGAAGUGUGUUAAAAAAAAAAAUAAUAAUAAUAAUUUUACUAGGGGUCUCUCUCAUUUUGUUAUUCAACCCUUGUCAGCUAGACCAAUCCAUCCUAACAACAGCAAAUAUGGUUGGAUUUGCUGACAGGGCGGCGGUGAUUGGUAUCUCUGUGCUCUGCUCACUCCUAUGCUUAACUGAGCUCAGCAGUGGCAGCUGAUCCAUGUGAGAGAGACAUGGGCCAGACAUCUGCAGAAUUUACAGAUGACAGUAAUUUUCAGGCACAUUGACCAUCAAUACAAGGUACUACAUCAAUAAAUUGUUUAUAUGCACACAUACAUUUCUCUUUGGGCACAAAAUGAACGUAUAACAUAUUUCUUGAGGACUUGUACCCUAUAUUGUGGACAUGGUACACAGUGCAGGCCAUGUGAGAAGGUAGACUAGAAAUGAGCAAGUUGUCAUGUCACGUCCCCAGUAAAACUUUAGGGGGACUGAACACCCCUACAGAGAAAAUAAGGUACUUUACAUAUAAAAUAUGCAUAUUCAUGUACAUAAUAUUUUUAGUGCUAAUAACUACACCAGCUAGAGAAUGUUUGUAAAUUUUACAACUAAUGACAGUAACAUAUUAAGUUAUUACAAGUAAAGUGACCUCAGACUUACAAACAAUGGAUCAUGGGAGUUUUAGUUUAAGGGAACAAACUCCAACAGGAAAUAACCAAUUCGCAAAAAGAUAGCCUCAGUGUUAUGGUAAUCUCACAACAGACAUUUAGCCCCUCAAAAAAGCACAGAUCCUUCCUAAACAUGUCAAUUACUACAUGGUAAAGUUGCCUACUCUAAAUAGAAGGCGUCUGAACUCAAGGAAAGCUAUAACUAUUAUAGCAGGUUAUUAAUUCAUAAUUAAGUUGAUAUUUAUAGGGGAGAUUGCCUGACAUUUAUUCCUUUAAAAACUAAGAACAGAAAAGAUAUUGUCUUGAGAGAAGAUAUGUAAACCUCAAUGAGGAUCUCUCUAGGAUUGAGAGUGGCAGUGAUGAACCCAACCUUCCCAUGCUUUAUAUGUAAUAUAUUUCUAGCACAAUAGAAGUAUAGGGCUGGAUGUAAUUCUACCAGAGAUACAUAUGGCCACCAAAAAAUAAAGAACACUAAAAUUGCUGUGAUCAGCCAGCUUCUAUAAUAGAAUUGUUGCCUUCAAUAUUAGUUAAUUCUAUAGUUUCUGCCUUUAAGAGACCAUGAGGGAGAUACUCAAAACUACAUGCAUCUGAAAUAUUCUUAGGCUGUAUAGUCUACUGUUAGUUUGCAAUUUUUUUUAUUAUGUUACCAAAUGUUUUCGAGGUCUGGGUGACAUUGCAUGCAUAGCUAGAGAAACAUCCUGCAGCGGCAACUUGAUGCAGUCAUGUGACAUUACAUAACUAUGGAUUCAAUGUCCUGGAGGACUAGUGUAGACACAUGGGACAGAAGCCAAAAGUUAUAUUAAGAACAUUAGACUAACAGACUAAAGAGUGGCCACUACAUUAAAGCCCUCUUACCUUACUAAGAUAGAUUACUUACCGGGUAAUCUGUUUUUCAUUAGCUCAUGACAGUACCCCUGGAGAGGACCUUCCACCGCAGGACAGAAAACCUGGGAACAUAAAAAUAGGACACGCCUCUCCACACCUCAGUUCAAAGUACUCCAAAGGAGCCAAUAAGCACAAAAUUAUUUUCAUUCUCAGUACUAAUUAAACAACAUAAUUUAAUUUUUUUAGGGCAGGAUAAAUGAGGGGUGCUGUCAUGAGCUAAUGAAAAACAGAUUACCCGUUAAGUAAUCUAUCGUUACCUGAUUGCUCAUGACAGCACCCCUGGAGACUUAGAAAAGUAGCCAAUCAGGGCAGGACUACCGCCUGAAGGACUUUACGUCUAAAGGAAAGAUCAGAAACAGGAUUUAAGUGUAACCUAUAGUGUUCUAAAAAAAAAAGUAUGUUUUAAGGACCAUGUAGCUGCCCUACAGAUCUGGUCCAAAGAGGCUUCAGCCUUCUCUGCUCAGGAAGAAGUCACUGCUCUGGUAGAGUGAGCUGGAAAAAAAAGGAAGGUGGAUCCUGAUUCUAUGUAGUCUAGGCUAAUGUAAUUGAUGCCCUGAUCCACCUACUAAUAGACUGUUUAGAAGCAGUCUUGCCAUUGUUAGGGCCAGAAAAUUGUACUAAAAGAUUUUCUGAAGAACUAAAGUCCAUAGUAGAGCUCAGAUACUUCAGGAGGCCUCUUCUGACAUCAAGGUUACGGAACUUGACUUCACCUUCAUGUCUUCGCUCAUCACAAAAAAGUGGGAAGAAUAGUCUCCUGAGAUUUAUGAAACUCUGAGACCACUUUCGGCAGAAAAGAUGGUAAAGUUCUCAUUACUACUCUGUCAUCUAAUAUCUUGGUAUAAGGAGGAAAGGCAGAGAGCGCUUGCAAUUAACCUACCCCCCAAGCCGUUGUUUUUGUCAGGAGGAAGCACAUCUUGAGGGUGAGCAACUUGAUGGAGAUAUAAUCCAGGAGGUUCAAAUGGUGGUCCUGAUAAGGCAUCUAACACCAGAUUCAAGUCCCAAGGGGGAACAGAGGGUCUUGAUUUAAUCUUGUAGCCCCAGAAAUAAAACAUUUAACUAAGAUAUUAUCUGCUAACUUGUAGUUAAAAAAGGAACUAAGUGCUGAAAUUUGUACUUUAAGGGUACUAGGACUUAGCUUCUUAUCCAGGCCUAACUGGAGGAAAUGAAUGAUUUGAGGGAUAUUAGGGUCUCUUAAUGGAUCAACUGCAGGUCCCACUACUCUUAAGAAGGCUCUCCAUGUUCUUCGUUAUAUGGCAGAUGUUACGUCUUUCCUACUUGCAAGUAAGGUGUUUAUUACUUGGUCAGAUAGGCCUCUAGCUUUUAAAAUUGAGUUCUCAGCAUCCAGACUGUUAGAUGUAGGUGAGCUGACUGAGGAUGGUGAACUGGUCCCUGGUACAGUAGAUUCUCCCUGUCUGGAAGAACACACGGUUGCAAGACUGACAUUGUCCUUAGCAAGGUAAACCAGGGCCUUCGAGGCCAGAAGGGCGCCAUCAAUAGUACUAAGGCUCUGUCCUGUCUUAUGUUCUUCAAGACCUGAGGGAUAAGGCAAAGAGGUGGGAAAGUGUACCCUCUUUUUUUUUCCCCCAGUUCUGAGAGAAGGAGUCUACUGCUGUCAGAUAAUCCAGUGGGUAGAGAGAAUAGAACCUGUGAAUCUUCCUGUUUCUGGAAGCAAAGAUCCAUAGAGAAUUUUCCAAACCUUUCCUAUCAUUGCAAAUAUCUCCUUGUUUAGACACCAUUCGGACUGAAGAAUAUGAAUUCUGCUCAGGAAGGCUGCCACCUCUCAGGUGAACCGCAGCGAAAGAUGACAGCUUGGCUUCUGCUAAGGAAAAAAUCUGGAAGGAGACUGAAAACAGGGAGUCUGAUCAUGUCCAUUUGUUUUUUGUAUCACAAAGUUGUUGUUUUUUUUUGACCAAGAAGAGAGGGGAAUAGAAUCCCAUCCCCUUCUUCCCCCUGGGGGACUGGAACCAGGACUUUUUUUGAGCAAGAGAGAUUUUAUUUAUGUUAUGGCCUCUUGUUUCAGGGGACCUUUCACUAUCCCAGAGGGAAAGAACCUGUCCGGAGGAAAAGACCGGAACUCCAGAAAGAGACCUGAUGUCAUGGUGACUAGAACCCAGGGGCUGGAAGAAAUUUUCUCCCAGGCCCCAGCAAACCUGGACAGAUGCCCCCCCAAUGGGAGAAAGCAGUCAUUGUUUGAGAUCUUUAGAACUAGACUCUUUGUUGGGAUUGAAGAGGAAACCUCUACCUUUACUUGGGACUUUAAAUUUCCUAUUGUGCUGAAACUUCUGAUUAGGCUUUCUGGGUUGUUUUUUGCUAUGAAAGGAAUCGGGCACGGACCAAAAAGGCGAUCUCCAAUGCAAGGGAUGGAACAUAGUUUGCUUUUUAAGUCCACAUCACCCUUCCACUGCCUAAGCCAUGUGGCUCUCCUAGAAAAAUUAGAUAAAGCGGCUGCUCUGGCACCCAAUCUUACAGAAUCUACUGAAGAGUCUGCCAAAAAAUCUACCGCCUUGGAAAUGACAGGUAAGGAUUCUAAGAUCUCUUCUCUAGGGGUCUGGUUAACAAGAUGGGAUUGUAAUUGUGAAACCCAGACUCAUUGGUUCUGAUAGAAGCUGGUGCUGCCUCCCAGGUUUUUUGUUAAAGAACUCGGCUUUUUUGUCCAUUGGAUCAGAGUUCCUAGAUCCUCAAAAGGCAAGGCGGAUUUUUUAGUCAUUUUAGCCACCGAGGCAUCAAUUAACGGGGCCCUAUCCCAUGACUUCAUGACUGACUCCUCAAAGCGGUACUUCCUUUUAAGGAGUUUAGGAAAAAAAGAUUUCUUCUCAAAAUGUUCCCAUUCUUUAUCAAUUAUUUGCUUUAUUCUUUUAUUAAAAUUAAAUGUACCGGACUUCUUGGGGCCUAAGCCUUCAUAUAGGGCGUCUUCGGCCAUCACUGUCUCUCUGCUCUCCUCAAGAUUAGCCGUUCGGUCAAUUGGUUUAAGGAGCUGAUCAAUAUCAUCUGGAGAAAAAAGCUAUUUGGAUUUAAACUCUUCUUGCUCUUCAUCAGAGGAGGAAUAUAGAGUAAGAUUUUCCUCUUGAACACUAGGGGGACUGGAAAUAGCAGGGGUGACCACAGAGGAGGCUGAAGCACCCACAUUCCCGACAAUUCCUAGUCCGGAUCAUUACUCUUAGGCAGCUAGCAAUUGCAGAGGACUCCUGGGCCACAAUAACUUCAAUACAGGCUGCACAUAGACUUUUCAUAGGCAGGAUCUAAUGGCUUCCUAUGUUCUGCACCUUCUUUAUUACGGGAUUUAGAAGAAAUACUUCUGGCUACCCUACAAAACAAAACAAUAGCCUGACUUAGCUAGCAGAAUAUGGAAUGAAAUUGAAAUGAUCUCACCCAGAAUUAGAUCCACACCUCUGUAGUCUGGCUGGAACUACUCUUCUUGGAGCGUCCACCUCCCUCUGACGAAUGCUCCGACAUGCUAUAGGAGUUUUUUUUCAACAAAACUCUGCAGGGCAACCAAGAAUGGUCUGCUUAGCUGCUGUGGGCUGGAACUGCUGCCACUGGAUACCGCUGCUGUACUGCUGCGGGCUUCUGGAUAUUGCUGCAGGCUGGCUGCCUGCUUACCAUGAGGUUCCAGGCGCUGUAGAACGCCGAUGGGGAAUACAAAACUGGACAAAACCUGCGCCCGUUUUGAAUGGAGCCGGAACCGGAAGGGACGCUAAGCUGCCAGGCUGAUGUCACAUCCGCUGGCAUUACUCCACAAGCGAUGGGAGAGCCGGCAGAAACCACGCUACUCCACAGACCCCACAUCCUUAACACCACUGAAACCAGGGGAAAAGGACGGAGAUGCAGAGCUAUCGGGACCCCACCGUACCCCCCGCAGGCAGGCUUAUGGCUGCUCCCCAGAGGAGACUUCUGCCGAACAGGGAGCCCCACUACCGGAGGACCUGCAGCCCCUUGGAGAGUUAUGGAGAAAGCUACCAGGCCUCC